AUGUCGAUCAAGAGUAUUAUUAGACCAGAUAUUGAUAAUUUACCUCUCAAUCCACCCAAUUUGGCAUCCAAUGCAUUGGACCUCUUCUCGUUGAAAGGUAAAGUUGCUUCUAUCACGGGAUCAUCGCAAGGGAUUGGAUUGGCUGUAGCUGAAGCCUAUGCUCAAGCUGGAGCAGAUAUUGCUUUAUGGUAUAAUUCUACACCUGUGGAUAGCAUUGUAGCUGAAUUGACGCUGAAAUAUGGGGUCAAAGUCAAGGGUUAUAAGGCACAAGUUAGUGACUAUGAAGAAGUCGAAGCUACGAUUAACGCGAUCGAGCAGGAUUUUGGUACUAUAGAUAUAUUCGUUGCAAAUGCUGGUGUGGGAUCGCACAGUAUUCCCGUUGUAGAUGCAAGCUUGGAUGAUUAUCAUAAACUAAUGAGAGUCAACGUUGAUGGGGUUUACUUUGCUGCUAAAUGUGUGGGGAAGAUCUUCAAAAAGAACGGUAAAGGCUCUUUUAUUAUCACUGCUUCCCAAGCAGGACAUAUUGUAACUGUUUCCAUUGACCAGACAGCUUACAAUUCCACAAAAGCAGCCUUGAUUCAGAUGGCAAAGUCUUUGGCUAUGGAGUGGGUAGGUUUUGCUCGUGUGAAUUCUAUUUCUCCAGGUUAUAUCAAAACAGAGAUCUCGAGUCAUUUGCCUUAUGAAGUUAAGUCCAAGUGGUGGCCAUUGAUUCCCAUGGGAAGGGAAGGAUUGCCCAAGGAAUUAGUUGGGGCAUAUUUGUACUUUGCUUCUGAUGCUUCGACCUUUACAACUGGUGCUGAUUUGAUAAUUGAUGGAGGCUACUGUUGUCCAUAG